AACGUACCAAAGCGCACACCGCCCGAAACCGCUGCAGUGUUGUCGACAAACAUGGCCAACUUAGCACGUCAAUGAGAGAGGAGAUAUUCAUGUGGCGAAAAUCAGCGAGACAAAAACAUCGAGGUACUACUGGUUUGCCGAACGAUAUAGUCGCGUGUUGAUCGGACAGAUUUUGUGAAAAGUGCUUGUGGAAAUCGACUGGGGUACUCAGUGAGAAUUUGCGCUAUUUAGUACAUAAUCCUCCAUUGCACACGAACAGGUGUCAGUGUCAGUCUAACGGGUAACAAGAAAAAAUCAAAAUGAUCCAGAAUUCGUACAAAGCAAUGUACAGGCCGAACUUCUACGAGAGCACGUGCCUGAGGUGCAACGAAACCGUUUACCAGGUGGACAGGGUCGGGCCCCUGAAGGACUUUACGUUUUUUCACAGUGGGUGUUUCAAGUGCGCGAUAUGUGGUACCAAGUUAACGCUCAAGACGUACUACAACAACCAGCAUCGGCAGGAGGACAAAGAGGUCUACUGCAACAGUCACGUUCCAAAAAUCGGACCCGGUCAAAUUGACGGUUCGUCGGUCGGCAUCAGGUCCGCGUUGAACGUUCCGAAAAGUUCCAAUUUCGUGAACGAACAGAUCCGCGGACCCGGAAGGGGCGGCAGCUUCGACGCCGGCGAAGGUUUACACAUACGAACGCACAUGAAUGGAACAUCACAUUCUCCCCAUUCUCCAGGCUUCGGUGCUCCACAUUACAGUCCGAAUUCAUAUCAGAACAACCACAACCAUAACGAUCCAGGAUCAGGAUACCAAUAUGGUCGUUUCGAUGCCAGUGCUCUUCAUAUAGCACACGCACUGAAACAAACGGAACUCCAAAAAGCCUAUAAAAUGAAUAGGGAGAAACCUAUAGAUUGCUACUUGGAUAGAGAUGAACAAAAACGCUUAGAAAUGAAACACAGGAAAGAAGAGGACGACUUGUACAGGAAGUUCGCGAGACAACGCGAGGAGGAAGAACGACGAAUAAGGGAGGAAAUAAGAGAUGAAUGGGAGAAGGAACUGGAAAGGCUAACGAAUAGAUUCGAAAGAGAAAUGCAGAUGAAGCGGAAACGAGACGACCAAAGCGUUUUGACCCUUAGACACCAACAGGAAAAAGAAGACUUAGAGAAAAACAUGACCUUGCGAAGGGACAAGAAAAAGGAAUCGCUAACCAGGAAAAUGUUGGAACACGAAAGGGCGGCGACUGCAGCUUUGGUUGAGAAACAGAGUCAUGAAAUGUUGGAGUUGAUAAACGAGAAACGUAGCGAGUAUAUGCAAGCAGAAUCGCUUUAUUUGGACGCCCACGAUGGAGGCCACUUCGAAGAAGUCCAACCGUAUCCGAGUAUAGCACCGGCGCCAGCUCCACCAGCUCUCAGCAAAUUUCAAGUGUAUAACGACCCUGUUGAGUUCUUUAAUGUCGAUCAAAUCGCUAUUUCCGUUGCUCAAGAGGAUCAGAAAACGUUUACCGAUUUGGUUAGGCAGUUAGUUGGAAGGUGCGGAUCGGAUAUUGAGAAAGCCAGAACCAUUUUCCGAUGGAUAACAGUUAAAAACCUCAAUACAAUGUCCUUCGACGAUAACCUCAGAGGUGACACACCAAUGGGUCUUCUGCGAGGUAUCAAGAACGGUACUGAAAGUUACCAUGUGUUAUUCAAAAGAUUGUGCAGUUAUGCUGGCCUUCAUUGUGUGGUAAUAAAAGGAUAUUCGAAAUCAGCAGGUUACCAACCCGGUGUUAGAUUCGAAGAUAACAGGUUUAGAAAUUCGUGGAACGCUGUAUAUGUGGCUGGAGCAUGGAGAUUUGUCCAGUGUAAUUGGGGAGCUAGACAUUUGGUGAACGCCAAAGAAGCACCCAAAGCUGGAAACAAAACAAAAUCGGAUAGUUUGAGGUACGAAUACGAUGACCACUACUUCCUGACGGAUCCAAAAGAGUUCAUUUACGAAUUUUUCCCGCUACAAUCAGAAUGGCAACUCCUUAAGAAUCCUAUCACUUUGCAAGAGUUUGAAGAACUUCCUUUUGUCAGAUCGUUAUUCUUUAGAUAUGGUUUGUACUUCUCGGAUCCCAAUACAAAAGCGGUCAUGUACACCGACUCUACAGGUGCUGCUACCGUGCGCAUAGCAAUGCCGGCUCACAUGCAGGGUAGUCUUAUAUUCCACUACAACCUUAAAUUCUAUGACAGUGAUGGUGAUAAUUUCGAAGGUGUCUCAUUGAAACGAUUUGUUAUGCAGUCUGUUGUUGGUAAUAUGGUGGCCUUCAGAGUACACGCUCCUUGCAGUGGUGCUUUCCUUCUGGAUAUUUUUGCAAAUGCUGUAACACCUAAGGAAUAUUUGACCGGAGAACCGAUGAAGUUCAAGAGUGUUUGUAAGUUUAAGAUUUGCUGUGAGGAUCUGCAAACAGUGAUGGUACCCCUUCCCGACUGCGCGAGUGGCGAAUGGGGUCCAACCAAAGCAACAAGACUGUUUGGUUUAGUACCAAUUACACAUCAGGAUGCGUUAGUAUUCGCUGGUAGAGAACUGGAGCUUCAAUUUAGAAUGUCUCGCCAAUUAACGGAUUUUAUGGCUACUCUUCACAAAAACGGAGUUGAAGAGAAACGACUUUCUAAAUUUGUCUCUCAUAACGUCAUGGACGAUAUAGUGACGUUCAACAUUAGUUUCCCAGAAGAAGGACAAUAUGGAUUGGACAUAUAUACGAGGGAAAUGGCAUCUGCGUUGGAUGCACCUGGUGAGAAGCACCUUCUGACUCAUUGCUGCAAAUACUUAAUUAAUUCAUCUAAGAGAAACUAAAUUGGAAUACACUGAAUGAGAACAAUCAUCGUACAAAUAAAACCAGAAGAGAAGAGGUUUUUACUAACCAAAAAGUAAAAUAAUAGAAAGUACUAGUCUAUGAUGUAUCAAAAUUUUGACAGUGAAAAUCAUGUUUCAUCUCUCAAGAUUGAAAAUAAUUGAAUAAAAUAACUUAUUUAACUUCGA